AUGCCGCCAUCCGCUGUUUUGCAGGCGCUGGACUUGACGAUCCAAGGUUUCUGGAACAUCGACUUCGUUUUGACCUUCGUGACUGGCUAUUAUGAUGGCGGCCAGCUGAUCAUGACCUUGUGUGAUGUGGCGCGCCACUAUGCAAGGACGUGGAUGAUCUUCGAUCUGGGCCUCAUCUCAAUGGACUGGAUCUUCUUCUUCGUGGACUACGUCAUUUACAACGACGACGCAAGCGCAACUGAGUGGUCCAGAACUCUCCGCAUGCUCCGACUGAUGCGGCUCGUGCGGAUCGGACGAGCGAUCAAGCUGCGUCGAGGUUUCGCCGCUGUUCAGGAGUUGCUCCACUCGCAGGCAGCCAGCCUGUACCUGAGCUUCUUCGUGAGCCUUGGGCAACUGCUCGUGCUGAAUCAUUGGAUGGCCUGCGCGUGGUUCGGCGUAAGUUGGCUCAAUGCAGACGGCGAGAACUGGGUGGCGGCUAGUGGGUUGAAGCACCGCGACGUACUCUACCAGUACCUUUCGUGCAUCCUUUGGUCCUUCGCCCAACUUGGUGUGGGUGAGUUCCAGCUGCCUCCGACCAACAGCAUCGAGAUGCUGCUGUGCGCGUUUAUCGCCUUCCGAUCCCUCAUAACCGCAGCCACGCUGAUCAGCACUAUGGGGAACCUCAUAGCUGGAUUGCGUAAGAUCCGGGAGGACGAAACGAGCGAGUUUCGUUUGCUCCGACGGUUUCUCAAGCACAACAACAUCCCGCAUGAGGUUGGGCACAAGGUCACUCAGUUCUUGCAACACCAAUAUUCGGAGAAGCAGCAGUCGAGGUCCGCCGAUGUGCGAGUGCCCUUGCUUGACCUCCUUUCGCCGCCUCUGUUCAACGAGCUCUGCUUCGAAAGGUACCGUGACUCGCUGUGCAAGCUGAAGUUAGUCGACGACCUGCUCGAAGAUCCGGACAUGCAGACUGUCCUUGCGCUGCACCAAUUGGCGCGGAACAGCCUGACUCAGCUGGUGGCGGCCUCCGGGGAUGUGAUCUUCCUCAGCGGCAAGGUGGCUUCUGCUGCAUACCUGAAAGUCAACGGCUCGCUGUCUUACUACCGCGAUGACGGGGUGGAAGAGUUGGACGACAGUCGCUGGAUCACGGAGGUUUGCCUUUGGACACCUUGGGUAUACAUGGGAGAUCUUGAAGCGAACACUGUGUCGGACAUGUUGUGUUUGGAUGCAGCCACCUUUUGCCAGAUGCUGAACCAGACUUAUGCCACGCAGCGGGCGGCGAGCAUCUAUGCGAAGCGCUUCCUGGAAGCGUGGCCGCUUUAG